AUGUCUUCGUGGGAGCUGCAGCUGCUGGAGGUGCUUGAACAUCACUCACUUGGCCACCUGCUUGGGAGAUUCAUGGACGCCGGUGUGUCGUGUGCGGAGUUCCAGGCGCUGCAGAUAGACAAGUACCGCGACUACGGCGUCAUCGAUGACGAGGAGAAGAUAAACCUGUACCAGGCGAUCCAGCACUUCCGUCGCGAGACGCACGACGGAGGCCAGCCGCCCGCCGCGGAGGACGCCCCGCCGCUGGUGCCCGCUCUGGGGCCCAGGCCGGCGACGGCGACGCCGGACAUAGACGAGCUCUCGGACGAGAAGGAGGGCCGCGAGCGGCUGUACACGGCGCGGGGCACGACGGUCUUGACGAAGUCCGCCGACAGUCGUGAGAUCAAGCGACGCAAGAGCCGCAUUGUCGUGGCGGUGCGGAAGCGGCCGCUGAACCUCUUGGAGGGACAACGGGGCUGCUCUGACGUGAUCGCGACAAAUGGCCUUGACGAGCUCGUGCUUGCGGAGCCGCGGCAGAAGGUGGACCUCACGAAGUACACCCACACGCACCGGUUUUUUUUCGACGAGGUCUUUGGGGAGACCGCAACGAACGUCGACGUCUACCGUCGCACGGCGGCCGCUCUGAUUGACACCGUCUUUGAGGGCGGCUACGCCACGUGCUUUGCGUACGGGCAGACCGGCAGCGGAAAAACACACACGAUGCUGGGGAAUGGAACGGAGACCGGCAUUUACGCCCUCGCCGCGGAGGAGAUGUUUGCCCGCAUUGAUAGUGACCGAGACCUUUACGUGUCAUUCUACGAGAUUUACAGUGGUCGGCUGUACGACCUGCUGAACGGGCGUCAGUCGCUGCGCUGUCUGGAGGACGGCAAGCAGAAUGUGAACAUCUGCGGCCUGACGGAGCACCUUCAGGCGGAUGUGCGUAGCAUCAUGCGCCUCAUUGAGGAGGGAAACCGCGUCCGCAGCAGCGGCACGACAGGCGCCAACGACACGAGUUCCCGCUCGCACGCCAUUCUUGAGAUCAAAGUCCGCGGACGCGGGGACAAGAAGCUGUUUGGCAAGUUUACCUUUAUUGACCUCGCCGGGAGUGAGCGGGGCGCCGACACGCUUGACUGCGACCGCCAGACCCGCAUCGAGGGGGCGCAAAUCAACAAGAGCCUGCUGGCGCUGAAGGAGUGCAUCCGCUCGCUUGACCUCAACCGCCGGCACGUCCCCUUCCGCGGGUCGAAGCUGACGGAGGUGCUUCGAGACUCGUUUGUAGGCCACUGUCGCACCGUCAUGAUUGGCGCGGUGUCGCCGUCGAGCAACAGCUGCGAGCACACACUAAACACGCUGCGCUACGCCGACCGCGUGAAGGAGCUGAAGAAGAGCGUCGGGGAGCGGCGGCCGCUCGGGGAGAAUGAGCAGUGCGAGUUUCUCUUUGAGCGAAGGUCGUCGGUGCCCGCGGCACGGGCGCUCCCCUUCGGUCGCCUCUCCGCGCCGCCGCUGGGUUUGGUGAACCUCCCCAACACCAGACACGACGGCAAAGGCGGCGGCGGCAAGCCACCGGCGAAGAGGAAGAGUGCGGGGGGACGACGCUCCGUCAUGAUGCGUCCGAGUGGCGUUUUGGCCGCCAAGGCGGGAGACGCCACCCACAGCGAGAUUGGUCACAAGCGCGGCCGCGAGGCCGAGGACAAGCCGCAGCCGCUGCAGGCAGAGGAUGACGCAGAGGCGGCGGCGGCGGCGGCGGCGGAGCUGCCGGCGCGGAAGAGCGUGGACCUGGACCUCGGGGUCCGCUACGACAAGGUCGUGGACGAGAUCGUCAGGCAGGAGCAGGUGUGUGUGCAGGCCCACCGCCGCUACCUCGACGAGGACAUGGGAAUUAUCAAGGAGGAGUUCGCGCAGAUCAUGUCGGUGGAGAUGCCAAACUCGAACAUUGAGACAUACGUCACGAAGGUGCUGAGCCUCCUCGGCGGCAAGCUGCAGGCCAUCCACCACUUUCAGGGGGAGAUGCUGCGGCUGCGGGGGAUGCUGGACGAGGAGGAGGCGCUCUCGCGCCAACUCGAGCAGAGCGGGCAGUAG